AUGGCGAGAGACGACAGUGAUCGUGAGUCAUCUCACGAAGACGACGAGGCUGAUGACAAUCACAAUCAGAACACUGAUGAUGACAGUGACGAAGAAAAGAACGACACGGGCGAUGGAUUCAAUGAUGAAGAUCCGUUGCUGAAUCAAGCUAGAUCCGAUGAUGACAUCGAUAACGAUAACAACGAAGAUGGAGCUGCGGAUGCGACAGAACAACCCAAAAAUGAGAUUACAGAUCCCAUGAUCAUGCCACUCAUUAUCUGCAUUGUCGUGGCGGUCGUUCUGUCUGCCAUUAUCUUUCCCAUUCUCUUUUUGGUCGUACUUCCCAAGAGCCAUGAAUCAGCCAAUGAUGAAAGCAACAACAACAAUCAAAACAGCAGCAACAACAAUAAUGAGAAUACAAAGAUACCCACAGCACCGCCAACGCCGCUUCCCAUUGACUGGACGGUGCUGGAUGUUCCUCCGAACAUUAAGGAUGUCAUUCAAGCGGAUGACAGCUCUUCGGCAGCACGGGCAUUUCGUUGGCUCAUGCAGGAUCCCAACCUAUCCGACUACCCACCCGAUCGUCGGGAACAACGAUUCUCAUUGGCGGGAUUGUAUUAUGCCACUGGAGGAGACAGCAGUUGGAGUUUUAAUAAUCAAGACACAACGACAAGUUCUUCUUGGCUCGAGUAUACCACCAAUGAAUGUCAAUGGGGUGGCAUUACUCAUUACUUGGUAAGGCGUCGGCAGUUGCAACCAGCGGGGGGUCCAUCACUGGCGCUGGCAUUGGAUCGUGUGCAAGAAUUGGCGCUGACCAAAGCAGGACUACAAGGGUCUCUUCCACCAGAAUUGUUUCUCUUGACACAACUACGAUCGAUCCUCGUCAAUGACAACCAAUUGGGAAAUGCGCUCUCUCGAGCGUUUGGAUCAUUGACCAAUUUGCAAGUACUAGACAUGUCCGCUAAUGUCUUAUCGGGAGAAAUCCCCACAAGCUUGCGGUACCUGCAAAACUUGCAAGAGCUCCGUUUGCAGGGGAAUGGCUUGCAAGGGAAUCUUCCCAGCGAAUUGGGUGAACUGAGCAGUCUCCGAACCUUGAUGAUGGGACAAAACAACCUUACGGGUUCCAUCCCAAUGCAGCUACAAAAUAUCCCACUCUUGGCGCAAUUGGAUGUAUCCGGGAAUCCCGGUUUGACCGGAGUCAUUCCAGUGGGCCUGUGUGCUCUGGACAAUACUAUCGCCUUGACCUGUGAACAGGAUCCAAAUAUGCAAACGUUGUGUGGUUGCGACUGUGCCUGUGUCGGUGCAGGCCUCCAAAGUGCGGGAACAAAUAAUAAUGGGACAGUGCCAGUAGUGGUAGGGAGCAGUUCCAACAACACUUCAACUGCAACUCCCACAACUGUGGUUCCAUCUACAACAACAACGACAGCAGCACCAACAGCUACAGCAACAUCAAACACGACAAGCCCAGUGGUACCAACACCGGAAGCGACAAGCAAUCCUUCCACUAUGGUUCCUACUCCACUUUCCAGUAUUGGUGGGACAGCCAGUGAUGGAGGCAACAACACAGCAAUGCCAACCAAUGAAACAGACGUGGUUGUGGCUGCUGCCACUGCUCCUCCCAGUAAUGAAACGAUGCCUGCCACUGCUGCUUCCAGCACUGAAACAAUGCCUCCCACAGCUGCCACCACUGCAGCACCCUCAACGGCAAACUUUACAAUCACCAAUGCCAGCGGCACCAGUCUGAAUACAACAGAAGAUAGUACUAGUGGCAAUUCGACUGGGGUCGUCUAA